AUGGAGCUGCUUCAGCUGCUCUUAUCUGCGCUCUUCUUUGGGGGAGUUUUUAGUGAGGGUAGUAUUAGUAUACCAUAUGUGAAAGUGAUUUUAGGAGACUCGUUUACUCUCCGUCGAAACUGUCCGACUGAUGUAGAGGGAAAACUUCGCCAAACAGAGCCUCAGUCCCGGGAUGUCGCUGCGCACCGAGACGGAGUUUGGACACCGGAGGAAAGUUUCAGAGAUCGCAUCAGUCCCAACUCCUCUGUUGUUUUUAACCGCUCAGUUUACACGGACGGUGGAGUUUAUGUGUUCAUGUGCGGCGGUCGGGAGGUGUCUGCUGUCCAGGUGGAGGUUGUCGUGGUCUCAGAAUCAUCCGUCACAGAGGGAGAAGCGAGCAGCCUGUCCUGCUACUAUGCAACUACAGCUGGCACCUGCUGGUCUGUGCGCUGGGUUAAAGGCGGGGAAGAUGUGUUAAGGAGAGACUCGUGCGGUGCCCGGCAUAACUGGACUGCUGAUGAUCGACUGUCUCUGUCAGCUGAUUGGCUCUCACACGGAGACCUGUCCUUAAACCUGCAGCGGGCUCGGAGGGAAGAUCAGGGGGAUUAUUUCUGUUACAUCCAAGCAAAGGGUGGACUGCCACAGAGCGGAACACCAGCUGCUGCGAGGCUGAAGGUCAGUGAGAGAAGCCCGGAUCAGACCACCAGCACUCCUCCCCCUACAUCGGUGUCUCCGACACAGACGACUUCAGAAGUAAACGGACUGGGAACUCUGGCCGCUGUCUGCAUCACAGCUGUGGUCUUUUUGGUUUUCGGCCUUGUGUGUGGAUGGUUCCUGAAAUCUCACUGCUCCACGUACUUGUCACGUCUUCUCCGACGCUUUGGACCCGGAGAUGAACGACAUGAUGUAGAUGGGGCGUCGGAGCCUUUGAGCCAUCCUCCUCCUCUGCAGAUGAAUGGCCACCAUCCAUCAAAUACGUCCCAGGCAGACGUCUGAAGACUUUUAGGAUCAAUAAGUGACAACUUUUAACUUAUUAAUGCGCUUCAGCUUAUUUAUGUGUGCAGCUUAUAAUUAUAAUUAUGCAUUUUAACACCGAUCAAAGCUUUCGUUUACUGUCUUAAUUUCUUUUUUUUUCUUUUUUAUGUAACAUCUUGCUUCAGCUGUGUGUGA